GUUCUUCCAUGUGCGAUAAAUGGACUUGUGCGAGCCGCGAUUUAAUGCGAUACCGCGACUAGACUUACAUUGUCAUCAUCAAUAUCGAAUCAAAUAACGUUAUUUAUUUAUUAUAAGUGGUAUUCGAUGCCUGUCUUAUCAAUAUUCUGAUUUUAGUGCAAGCUACACAUACUUGGAGAUUUAUUCUGAAAUCACUUUAAGAUAAACCAGUAUAACGCACUCUUGUUAUAAGUAAGAGAAAUUAAGAUUUAAUAAUGUGGUGCAUCACGUGUCGCUUUUGCAAGGAAACCCUGAUAAACAAUGUCAAAACAGCCUGUAGGGCGGCCUCAGUUGCCACCAAUGUUAACAAGAGCAACGAGCUGGUGCUCUUGGGUCAGAAGUACGCGACGGACGACUGGACGAAUGUCACCCCAAAUAUCGUCGCCAAAUUGGGGCGAAACCUGCACGUUCAGCAAUACCAUCCGCUCUCGCAUUUACGUCAGCGCAUCGUGAAUUUCUUUUACGGACAGUUCCGCAGUAAAAGCGGGACCCCGUCGUUCAGCAUCUAUGACAAUCUGUGUCCCGUGGUUAGCGUCGCGCAAAAUUUCGACUCCCUUCUCGUGCCGAAGGAUCAUCCGAGUAGAAAGAAAGCCGACUGUUACUACGUGAACCGGGACACGCUGCUGAGAGCGCACACCACCGCGCAUCAGGCCGAGCUGAUCUCGAUGGGAUUGAAUAACUUUCUCGUCGUCGGGGACGUGUACCGACGCGACGAGAUCGACAGCACGCAUUACCCGAUUUUUCACCAGGUCGACGCGGUCAGAUUGCGCACGUCGCGAGAGAUAUUUCACGACACGAACGACUCCGAAGAUCUACAGCUGUUCGAGCACAGAGGGACGGAGAGCGACGAGAAGCAGGCUUGUCAUAGUUUGGAAGCGGUGAAACUUAUGGAGCAGGAACUGAAGGGUACCCUAACUAGUCUGGCACAAGCUAUCUUUGGGAAAGAUGUGCAGUGCCGAUGGGUCGAUCAAUAUUUCCCAUUCACGCAUCCGUCGUGGGAGCUAGAAAUAUUGUACAACGACAAUUGGCUCGAAAUACUCGGCUGUGGCAUUAUGCGUCAGGAAAUUCUACAGAGAUCCGGCGCCGUGGAUCGGAUCGGAUGGGCAUUCGGUCUCGGCUUGGAACGUUUGGCCAUGCGCCUAUAUGGCAUUCCGGACAUAAGAUUAUUCUGGAGCAACGACGCGGGCUUCCUAAAUCAGUUCAAAGUAGACGAUCCUAAUGCACGUAUCCAAUACAAGCCUGUCAGUAUAUAUCCACCUUGUACCAACGACAUAAGUUUCUGGUUGCCGGAAGACGGAAGUUAUUCUUCUAACGACUUCUACGAUAUAGCCCGAGAAAUAGGCGGCGAUUUCAUCGAACAGAUUUUAUUGAAGGAUGAAUUCACGCAUCCAAAGACCAAGAAAACAUCUCAUUGCUACAGCGUAAUCUAUAGACACAUGGAGCGUACAUUGUUUCAGAGCGAAGUUAAUAGAAUUCAUGAUAAAAUAGGAAAAGCGGUAGCCGCUAAACUCAAUGUAAUUAUCCGGUAAAGUUUGAGAAUAAAGUAUUUUCCAAAAAUGGGACUUUUA